GGCAGCGACGGAGUUGAGGGGGGAGGCCAGGGCCGCCGUCGCGCGCGAGAUGGACGCGAACGCCGGCUCCUUCGUUUCCGUCCGCCGGCUCUCCGGCUCCGACCGCGCCGCUGCCUUCCACCACUCCUCGUCCGCGGAGGUCGUGACGGGGUCGACGGCGUGGAUCGGGAAGGGGCUCUCCUGCGUCUGCGCGCAGAGGAGGGACAGCGACGCGCGCCUUUCUUUCGAUUUGACGCCUGUGCAGGAAGAAUGCUUACAGAGGUUGCAGAACCGGAUAGAUGUUCAGUAUGAUGGUGCAAACAGAGAGCAUCAGGAAGCACUACAGGCCCUUUGGUGUGCUUCCUUUCCUGGAACCAAGCUUCAGGGGCUAAUAUCGGAACAAUGGAAAGAGAUGGGUUGGCAAGGAAAAGAUCCAUCUACAGAUUUUAGAGGUGGAGGCUUCAUCUCGUUGGAGAAUCUAUUGUACUUUGCUAGGAAUUAUCCGAAAUCUUUUCAGGAACUUCUUCGUAAGCAGAAUGGUGACCGUGCGAUGUGGGAGUAUCCAUUUGCUGUAGCUGGUGUAAAUAUAACAUUCAUGCUCGUUCAGGUGCUUGAUCUUCAAGCAGUUAAACCGAGGUCAUUGUUUGGAGCAGUUUUCCUAAAGCUUCUUUCAGAAAAUGAUCGAGCUUUUGACAUUCUCUUCUGCAUAACCUUCAAGCUGAUGGAUCAGCAAUGGCUUGACAUGCAUGCUACUUACAUGGACUUCAACAUGGUCAUGAAAUCUACUCGUCAUCAGCUAGAAAGGGAGCUGUUGAUUGAAGAUAUUCAGCGGAUUGAGGACAUGCCAUCAUACAGACUUCUGGCCCGGUAGCUAGAAGAAACUGAAAUCUUAACAUGGCUACAUGUUGCAGGGCUUGAGUUGCUGAAGGAUCGGAACUGGUGCCCUCUCAUAUGGAGAGAAUCUUAAAAUGUAGAUGCAUCUGUAUCUUGUGUUUAGGUACUCUGGUAACCUGAGCUCUGAAAUUUACAAGGUAGGGUUUUCUUUGUCACAGCAUGCCACGUAGGGUAAACCACUGAAGUGUUCUGAUCAGCUGCCAUGGCUGAGUAUUUGUAGUGUGUUUUUACAAUCUGGUUGUUGCCCAUCAUACCAACGAAAGGAAGUGUUCCUAGAUUUUUCUCUGUAAACAAGAGGAUCUUGGAAAAGCUAAUUUGAGUUGUCUGCAAUGCACCCAUUUGCAUAAAUGAUAGCGGCUAGUUCUUUGA